AUGGAAAAUACAUCCAAACAAAUGGCAAAUCUGACAGCUACGGUGGCGCGGGUUGUGGUGGAUGUUGACCGUCACGGGAAGAAUAUAAAAGAUGUUCAGUCUGAAAUUGUGAAGCUGAAGGAGGAGAACCGGCUUCUUAAAACAGCGGUGGAAGAGUGCAAGCGGUACAGUUGGAGAUGGUCGCUAAAACUACAUGGCCUCAAAGAAAAUGUGAAUGAAGAUGUGAGGAAAGAAGUCAUCAUCGUCCUAGGGAAAGUCGCUCCCGGUUUGCAGGUUUACCUGGAGGAUGGUGUGGAUAUCGCUCAUCGUCUUGGCCCAAAGAGAACGGAUGGAUCCAACAGACCAGUCAUCAUCCUAUUUGCUCUUCGCCGUAUCCUUGAUGCUGUGUGGAAGUGUGCCAAAGGCUGCAAAUUUCUCCGCGACAACAAGCUUCGUCUCACUCAAGCGCUGUCUCCCGAGGACAGACUUGCAAGAGAGAAACUCUGGCCCCUGGUGGACAAAGCCAGGAAAGAAGGGAAGAGAGCCACCCUCAUCGGUCCCUUCGCGCUAAUCGAUGGGAAGAAGAUUAACCACUGGGAUGUGAAACGCAGUGAAACCAACAAGGCUGAGCUCCAGGAAGCUCCUGCGACCUCUCCCAGGGUCAUUUUGGUGAAACCGGCCUCACCAGAGAACAUCUUUGAAUUACAGGAGGUCGAUGAUGUUCAGAAGGAGAGUCACAAGGUUCUGAUGUCCAGAGAGAAGGCUCAUAGAACCUUUAACAUGACCCAACAGAAGAACAGACGCAGUAAGAGCAACAAAGCUGAGGUUCAGGAGGCUCCUGUGUCCUCUCACAGGGUCAUUAUGGUGAAACCGGCCUCACCAGAAAACACCAUACUAUUACAGGAGGGUGACCACGGAAAGAGUGUGACGAGUGUGGAGCUCCACUCCGCAGAGAGGACCACACAGAGAGACCCUAUCCAGGACCAGCAGCAGAGUGACAGAGAGCCCGCUCCGAUACAGACUCCCACGUCUACUCGCUGUGACGCUGUAGACGAGCAGCUUAAAGACAGGCCUAAAAGCAAACUUUGGAUGAAGAGAACAGCCAAAGUGCAGCCUCUGAACGACACCACACUGCCCCCUACUGAAGAUGAUUUUGUCCCAAAGAAGAAGAGGAAAAACAUCUUCAGGAGGGCGUUUUCAUGGCUCAAACGCUGCAGCUGUUUUACUUAA